AUGACGAGCCGGGCGAACGGCCAAAACGCGGCCCCGGCCGGCCAUGACAGCCCCAAAACGGACAAACUCUCAUUUUCAUGGCUACAACCUCACCCUAUUUUCGUCGUCAUCCUCGUGGGGCCGGAGGAGAUUCCCUUUGGGCUUCAAAAGACCUGCUGUGUGCAUUACGAGGAUCUCUUUGCUCUGUGGCAGCUAAGCCAGGCGUACGAGCUGGGCGGCCUCUGUGACAAGACGCUCGAGUGUAUGGAAGAACUAAAGCAGCGCACAAGGCAUAUCCCCGGCCCAACUCUCAUAUCGAGGGUGUGGAAGGAGACGGAAGAGGGAACCCCCAUUCGACGCUUAUUUUUGCAAUGGGCCGACGAGUACUUUCAGUCUUCAGACGCUCCCACCGAGUUUGCCAAGAGCUUGCCUCGAGAGUUCUUGUGUGAGCUAGUAAUUGAGAUGAGUGCCGUUGCGCAACCCAACGCCGGAGAUGCGGGGGGAGAGGAGGAGGGUGGGAGUGAUGACGAUGGCUCCAGGUCCAAGAAGAGCCGCAGGGUAUCUGGCCCUUCGACGAUACCCCUCCCACCGCCCACGCGCAAUGGAGCUGUCUUGGGAGCUAGUAGCAUACCGCGCAGGUCUCUGCCCGGUCCCACGAAGAACGCGAUUGUGAAUCGCCGUAUAAACAGUAUCAUGGUGGCGGACGGCUCGUUUAGCGAUGCGCAAAAAGUCGAUUUCUGCGCCGAUUUGCUGAGCCGGAUGCUCUCUGGGCCAGGUUAUUGGACCCGCUUGGUCAAGCCGUUUCGGCAGCCUGUUGACCCCGCUGUUGAUGGUGUGCCCGACUACUUUGAAAAGAUUGAGAAGCCAAUGGACUUGAUGACCAUCAAGUCGAAGAUGGAGAAGCAAAUGUAUUCUACGGCAGGUGAGUUUGCGGGGGACGUUCGACUCAUCGUGGAGAACUGUAAGGCCUAUUGGAAAGAGGGCCACCCUCUCUACGGCGAGGCAGAAAAAUUCGGCAAGAGCUUUGAGGAAAAGUUUGCCGAGAUGUCCAAGUGGCUAUCGAAAAUGCACUCGGCAGAGCAGGGGUCGGCCGGUUGA